UGUCAUCAUUUUUACAUACAAAUUAUUUGCAAAGGAAAAGGAAUGAUUGGUCGGUUAUUAUAUGUAACUGCUAGUUGAAGACUUGAAGAGUUUAUGACAGUGAAAUCACUCCUAAAAAUAAGAAAUGCAUAGCAAUCUGAGAAAAUUAUUUACUGUAAGAGAUCUAUAUUUUACUUUCUAUUUUGAUAUCGGUUUACUUGACGCUAAAAAAUCCGGAAUGCUAUAUCUCUGUCUAUUAAGUAUAUCUAUCUUUGCAGAAUUAUAAUAUAUGUUAUCAAAAACAAUGCCUACUCCCACAUUAUAUUAUUACAAAGUGAACAAUAAACAAUGAUGUUAAACAAAAAACAAUUUACAAAAUAAUAAUUAUUAAAAUUAUUUACUCGCGUUGCCUUAUUAGUUAUCAAAAUCAAAACAUUUACACUCUGCAUUUUGUCAUCUGACUGCGCCUGACAGAACAAAAUUAACAAAGAUGUCAAAUUUUGAUAUUUGGGAUGCUGCAGUGUUGAUCACUAUACUUAUAAUCUCUGCAUCUAUUGGAAUCUACUACCGCUACACCGGUGGCAAGCAAAAAACCACCAAAGAGUAUCUGAUGGCUAAUCAAAGCAUGUCGGUUUUUCCAGUAUCCUUUAGUUUGAUGGCCAGUUUCAUGUCUGCAAUAACGCUAUUAGGCGUUUCCAAUGAAAGUUAUCAGUUUGGCAUUAUGUUCUGCGUCAUCAAUCUGGCCUACGUUAUCAGUACACCCAUAGCUGCUUAUCUAUUUUUACCGGUUUUCUAUCGUAUGCGCACCACAAGUGUCUAUGAAUACUUGGAACGUAGAUUUGGACACGCAACGCGUCUGGUAGCUUCUUUAGCUUAUUCAGUACAAAUGAUACUCUACAUGGGAAUUGUGUUAUAUGCACCUGCACUUGCUUUAGAAGCGGUAACUGGAAUACAUAAAAACACAGCCAUACUAGCCAUAGGUUUCGUUUGUACAUUUUAUUCAACAAUAGGAGGCAUGAAGGCGGUACUAAUCACCGAUGUUUUUCAGUCUAUUCUUAUGUUCGCUGCCAUUUAUUCAGUAAUUGUAGUGUCUGCACUUAAAGCUGAAGGAGGCUUAGGUGCCAUUUGGAAUGUUGCUGUUGAACGUGGGCGGAUGGAAAUUAAUGAGUUCUCUUUAGAUCCCACAGUACGACAUACAUUUUGGAGUUUAAUUAUUGGCGGUAUAGUUACAUAUCUAUCGCUUUACGGAGUUAAUCAGACACAAGUACAGCGUUUAUUAAGCGUGCGUGACUUGAAAGGUGCGCAAGCAGCACUUUGGUGGAAUCUACCAAUAUUGAGUACUUUAAGUUUUAGCACGCUUUUCAGCGGUCUGGCUAUAUUUUAUUACUACAGAAACUGCGAUCCAGUACUUGAGGGUCGCAUUAAAUACCGGGAUCAAAUAAUGCCACUGUUCGCUAUAGAUACAAUGGGUCAAUAUCCUGGACUUUGUGGCUUAUUUGUAUCUGGCAUAUUCUCAGGUAGUCUCUCCAGCAUUUCUUCAGCCGUGAGUUCUCUUGCUGCCGUCACAUUGGAAGAUUAUCUAAAACCUUUGUAUAAAGUUUGCUUCAGAAGACCUAUGACUGAUUCGAAUACAACUUUGCCAUCAAAAAUUAUAGCCUGUUUAUACGGCAUAGUCUGCGUUGGUUUAGCAUUUGGUGCUGGUUCACUAGGUGGCGUUCUUCAAGCAUCUCUGACAAUAUUUGGAAUUGUUGGUGGACCUUUAUUGGCAUUAUUUACGCUGGGAAUGUGCACUACGAGAUCAAAUCAACGCGGUGCGCUGCUGGGUUUAUUAAUUGGUUUAAUGUUUUCAUUUUGGAUUGGUUUUGGAGGACCUAAACCACCACCACCUUCAUUGCCACUUAGCGUUGAUAACUGCACAGCUGCUAUUAACACCACAAUAAAUGCAACAUUGUCAAUAAUAACCACUACUCCUAAGCCACCUGUAGUUGAAUAUUUUUGGUUGUACAAGCUAUCCUAUUUGUGGUUCUCUGUGAUUGGUUUCAUCAUAACGCUGGUUGUUGGCUAUGCUUGCAGUGUAUGGCUUGAGCUCCUAAAUUUGGCCGACAAUACACAAAUCUACUUGAACGCUGCGCGCAAGCAAGUGGAUUACGAUUUGUUUGUACCGCCACUGUCACGGAAACUGAGGGAAGCAGCAGUCGAAGAGCUGACUAAACUGAAUUCCUACGAAGCACGCUUAGUACAAUAAUUUUUGAAUUUCAGUAAGCUUGGUAUGGUUUUUUUAAUAAUUGUAAAAACGCUUAAACUAUUUGCAGGAUUUAGAAUUAUUUAUAACGUAUUAAAAUAUAUAUAUCAGGCAAGUUUAUGUUGAAAAAUAUUGUUUAAUAUACUGCCACUUUAACAUCCUUCAUUGUGGUU